AUGGCAGCCACAGGCACGAUUGUUCUGGGCCGAAAGUCAGUCAUGCAGACCCUUCCGACCCAGAAAACAAAAGACAUCCCAUUAGUACCUCACACCGACAAAAAAAUAAACCAAGAAAUCCUCAAUCUACUACAAAACAUCAGCAUACGAUCCCUUUGGGAAUUAACCGCGGAUAGAAAGAAAGUCUUGGCAAAAACAGCUACGAAUAGGGUAUGGGUUAGUCACCUCGAGGAUAUUGGUCGAGGGAGUGUUGGAAGCUUGUUGACCGUCGGAAUGGACAAUUCGAUUGAUGUUCUUCAUGAAGAGAUGUUGGAACAACUAAGGGGCGAACCGAAAUAUCUUAACAGGAUACCAGGUGUUCGGAAUGAUGUAUUUGGUAUUCAAGGGAAAGAUGUGGAGGUUGCGAUCAUGAGUUAUCAGAGAGGAGUGAAGGAAAUCCGUGGUUGUUCCAGCACACCGGCUUCUAGCUCGAGAAACGGUGCCGGUGCUACCAAAACAGUAAAUGGGGCAAAGGGACCGAGUACCCAAAGGAAAGUCGAUCGGGGUCGGCCAAGAACAUCAGAAAUCGCAACUACGAACUGCGGUAGCCAAAAGCCUACCUCCGCACCUAGCGAGGCAUUAGGCCGGCUUCUAGAAGGAUUAGAAAGCAGUGAAGAAUCCGAAUUAAUGGACCGGGGAACACGACACAGCGACAAACCGAGACGAAAGGUGGCUGCCCGGUACCGAGCAUCGCCAGAAAUUGAGCUUUCACGCUCCAGCGACGUUGACGACCCCAGAAAUAUAGACAGAGAUACGAUAAGCAUUGGGUCCUUGGGUCGUAGUUUUGAUUCAUUCACGGAUGAUGAGGACCCUUUGCCAUCAAACAAGCGGCGUGCACCGACGAAACCCCGACAGUUAAAGAGGGCGAGAACUGGUGUCAAUACUCAGGCGACGGGAACACCGCACGAAAACCAAGAUGCGGCUGAAAUCAACGGUUCCCAAAAAAAAAAUACCACCGACGAUCCAAAUACGGGGGAAAUGACCUUAAGGAAAUCUUCGGCUGCCCGGGAGGUAGCUAGCUCUACAAAUACUUCGAGAGGGAGUGUAGCAUCUUCCUUACCACGCAAUCAACCUAUCCAAGGAACACCCUCGGUUGAAUCAAGGGAGAUCCUCAACGAAUCGAAAGCUUUAAGAAAUUUGGCAAAUAGCCAUUUAGCUGCUUCCCAAAACAGCGGACAAAAAAGGGCUUCGUUGGAUAAAAAGCUAGAUGCUUACGACGAGAGGAUCGAGAAGUUGACGCGAGAAAUGGACGAGGUUAAAGAUAUAUUGAAAGAAAUCAAUGGUACUAUGAGAAAGUUACUCGCUUUUUGUAAAGGUCAGGACGUUUGA